UCAAUUCUGCAAGUGGUUCUGAUUUACUAUCGCUGUUCUCUAGCCAGUCUAAAACCGCUUUUGACGUAAAGGGACGCUUUUUGGACGCCAUGGACAUGGAAGUUUCCGGGCAGAAAGAACAGUCAAAAUGCAGGCAGGGCACAGGACAAAGCAGUAGGGACAAAAUGUAUGUGAAAUGCUAUGUAAUAAUCAUUUUAAAAAAAAUGAACUUUUUAAAAAAUUUCAAAUUUGCGCCGGUUCCGGCGCCCGUACGUCCCGACGUCACAGGGACCGGAACACGGAAGCCGGAAGCCGGAUGCCGGCAUCGGCCGGAGGAGAUGGCCGGGGACGCUGCAGGGGACACA